UCUAUAGCCACGUCCACGUGGGAGGGGCCAUCUUGGAAAGUAAAAGUACAGGUUCGACUUGCCAAGUCUAUAAAUGUGAGCUUAUGGAGCGCCAGGCUACUUAUUUGAGGGUAUUAGAGGCUCAGAGGCGAAGACUCGGGGACUAUGAGCAGAUACACUUCAGAAAGAGUUGGGCCAGAACAGCUUACGAAACUAUCAGAGACAAUGACUCUGUUUCUCGUCCGCCUGUCUUACAGCCGCAAGUUUUGGACUUUUCUAAAGCUACGGCAAAACCUUAUCUCCAACAAACUGAAUCACUUUGGAUGAAACUCGACCUCUCAAGACAAAAUGCUACCGAAGAGCUUUUUGAUAAGAAACCAGGAACUUUUUAUGUUAGGAGUUCCAGUAGGUCAAAGUAUGCCCUCUCAGUUCGACUGGACAGUACAGAGACCCCAGUGAUGCACUACCUUGUUUAUUGCAAUGCCCAAGGGUUUUACGGGAUACAGGGCUCCAACUUACAGUUUGUGAGUCUCUACGACAUGUUGGCCUACUUCUGCUUCCAGCAAAGUGGCGGCAUGCCUUGUUUACUGUCUCCUCCAACAAUGCAGGAAAAGAGAGGAUUCUAUAUAUCUGAUUCAGAAUCCGAUUCAGAGGAAGACGAAACUCAAGACGACGAUCCCUUCUCUCCAGAGACGGAGAAGUUUCCGAAUAACUCACGGCAUCCCUUUGAUCCUGCUAAUCUGCCUCUCUCUGCAGUACCUCCCCCUUUACCUCCCCGCCCACAAAAGACUCGUUUUGACCCCUCCCAACACUAUGAGAUGAGUACUUCACACGUAUUUGAUCACAUCAACUCUCUGGAGAAAAAUGACUGCUCUUUAGCUACUUCUUCUCUUGACGAGGGGUUCCCCCCUCCCACUAGUAAAGGUUAUAAAAAUUUUGAGAUAUUAGCAUCGUCUCUGAUCGAAGACAUCCCUUCAUCUCGUAAGUCUGUGGUGAUCCUUCCGAGCCAGCCACGCCCUCCACCCCUCCCACCAAAGACUGACAAACCACUAGUAUAUGACACUCCUCCUGCUAUUCCACCUCGCCCGGUACCUCCUCCAAUCCCUCCUAGAACAAGAAGGAAUACUGAUCACUCGCCUCAGCCUGAAAGAAAGAGGUCAGUGGAUACUCUAGGAUUUAGGGGACACAGGAGAGCUGCUUCUGACUCUAGUGUAGUGUCUGGAGUAUCGGAAGACCAAGAAGGACUUCAAAUGUCUUCUCCUGCUCCUCCUCCUCUUCCUCCUAAACGUAGAGGAGAUACAGUAGCUUUUGAUCCAGGAAGUAUUGUGACUGAGGAGCCUAAAGGAGAAGGAGAGAAGAGAGAAGGAGAGAAGAGAGAAGGAAAGAAAGCGGAGGAGAGAGAAGGGAAAGGAAGAGAUGUUAAAAUUGAUAGUAUCAAUGAUAUGGUGACUGAUGACCUUGAUGAGUGGACGAUGGUUGACCGACAGGUGACCGAAUCUUUAUCUUCUUCUCAACUACAAACUUCAAUAUCAUCGGCUUCAACUCCCAAGACACAGGCUAAGAAGAAGAAGCAGAGGUGGACAAAGAGACUCCAGAAGUGGAGGAGAAAGCCAAGAGGAAGAUUAAAACAUUAUAUACUAGAUCUAGCGGAAGACAUUAAUAGUGAAUUUGGUGCUCGAGUCCAUUAUUUCCUUGAGACCAUAGUCAUGAAAGGGAACGAGCCUCACCAGAAACUACUCAGCGAUGUGAGGCAGUUUGUGAGCAGAAUGAGGGAGCUAUUGUUGGACGAGUAUCGAGUACCGCUUCUCAGCAACGGGAUGGACUCUUGUCGUAAUUUUGAGCACCUGCUUGAAGCCACUCUCCAGCAGUGCAUCACUCUACCUCUCCACAAGUUUUUGUUUGAUAAAGUGAAGGAUAAUUUGGUCGCCAUUGGAUCUUAUGGACAGCUGGAAGAGGCAGUGGAUAACGCAAGAAAGAAAACACCAGAGGAUUUGGGAAUAAGAGCCCAUUUGCUAGUACCAACUGAAAAAUCUCUCUCUGAAAUUAAAAGCAUUUUUGAGAAAUUGAAGCAGACGCACUGUGCCAUGAGGAAGCUUGAGUAUCUCCUUGAGGCUGUACGGCUCACCUAUGAAGGAGUCAAAGACGUCAACAAUCCAAAGAAGAGCAUGAAUGACCUUGGAGCGGAUGAUUUCCUUCCGCUCUUUGUUUGGGUUUUGGCUCAUUCUAAUUUUAUCUCUGCCGAGAUAGAGGCAGAGUAUAUAUGGGGCCUGGCCCAUCCUUCUCUGUUUAAUGGUGAAGGAGGAUAUUAUCUAACAACACUAACUAGUGCUGUUAAUGUGUUGAGGGAAUUAUGUAGUGAGACAUACAACGCAGAAAACUUGAAUAAGACAUUACCAAAAACUUCAUGUCUGAAGUCAGAACUACAGGUGUACUCAUGUCUUGGUCCUGAUCCUCUAAAGUUUGAUGGACCUUUUUCAAUUCCUGUGUUACCAACAAUGACUGCUGCUGAAAUAUGCGAAUUGCUUGCUUCUCGUUUCAAUCUCACAAAUUAUGAAGAAUAUAACCUUUGCACUAGCAUAGGUGAUCAGAUUACUCCAUUAAAUCCUACUGACUAUCCUCAAGAAAUUACAAUAGAUUGGGAGUUUGAGGCACCCGAUGGAGAGCUACAAGAAACAGAGAAGAAGCUUGUAUUUACCAAGAAAGUCAAUAGAUGAUGAUAGCACGGGGAGAGGAGAGGAGUUGUUUUGUGUCAAAAAUCAUAUAAUCAUAACUAGCAAUUACCAACGACAUGUGUCAAAACUCAAAUCAGAUUUAUUAGUGAAAUUUAAUGUUUUUUAAAGAUUAUUAUUAUCAUUAUUAUUAUUAUUAUUAUUAUUAUUAUUAUUAUUAUUAUUAUUAUUAUUAUUAUUAUAGCACAGGAUAAUUAUACAAAUCUUUGUGAGUUGUCCUUCAAUGUACCGCUUGCAUGA